UCAAAUGUGUCUGCAGUUCAUGUGACUUUGCUAACUUUUAGUCACUGCAUUCUUAAAAAACUCAUCAAAACUGAGAAGAACUCAAGAGCCAAAUGGUUCUGUACUUUUGAAUCUAUUAUUGACAUUGAAGGAAAUCACUAGUAAUAUUUGCUAGGAUUAAAAUGAUUUUAAAACAGACCUUUUGAGCCACAUGCCAAGUCUUCAUUUCCCCUUACUCUAUCCUCCACUGUCAUUCUUGCUCUCUCGCCUGAAAUCUAAUGCCCUACAUGGCACUUCACUAAUGUUGCUUUUGGCAUACCCUGUAAUGAGGAUUUUGGUGCAGCUGAUCUGUCUUUCCUGUCCUGUUCCCCUAGCCCUUGCUUUCAUUGCUGGUGAUAUUUCUAGCCCACUUUUCCCAGAUGUGUACCCACCAGGGAAAGUCAUCAAAUGGAAUCUUACCGUGCCUCCAGGAUUCUUGAUGCGGCUACAGUUUCAAGUCUUUGAUCUUGCAUUUUCACAGAACUGCCAAGGGGACAAUGUUGCACUGUUGGAUGGUGAGAGACUUAUGCAGAAGCUCUGUGGCAAUGCAACUACAUGGAACCAUAUCCCAAGACAGAGAGAGUUUGUGGCAGCAACGAUGAAUGUGAUAUUUACAUCAGUUACUGAGUGGACUGCAGACCAUCAGGGGUUUUAUGCUCUUUAUGAAGCAAUAGAUGCAGACGAGUGUGCUCAGGACAGCAGCCUUUGUGAAAUGCACUGUAUGAAUUAUAUUGGGGGCUAUUACUGCUUCUGCAGCUAUGGGUAUGAACUGAAUGCUGACAAGAGGACGUGCAAGGUUGUAGAUUGUGGACCGUUUCCAGAAAUUAGCAGCGCUGAAGUAGUUUACCUAUCUCAAAACAAAUCAACAACUUUUGGCAUGCGGGUGCAGCUCUUCUGUGCUGAGCCUUAUUAUGAACCCUAUAAACAAGGCAUUUUUACCUGUGAGGCAGAUGGUAUAUGGAGAAAUGAAGAAGGAAGCAAUGAGGUCUCAUCAUGCAUCGCAGUGUGUGGGAGGCCUAUAAACCCACCGUUACAAUUCCAGAGGAUAUUUGGAGGGAGACUAGCAGCUAGAGGCAACUUCCCAUGGCAAGUAUACUUUCACAGUCCGCGAGGAGGAGGCAUUCUUAUUUCAGAUCAAUGGAUAAUGACAGCUGCAAAUAUGCUACGAGAAGAUCAUUUUGAAUUAUUUGCUGGUAUAGUUGAUAUUUCAGAAGAAGGUUUGGCCAAUGCGAUUAAACUACAAAUUGCAGACAAAUUUAUUCACCCUAAUUACACCUAUGCUGAGAAGGGUGAGAUGCAAUAUAACUAUAACAAUGAUAUUGCUUUGCUUAAGCUAACAGAGAAGGUCAAAGUUGGACAGUUUCUAUCCCCUAUAUGUCUUCUGCAGGAUGCAUCUGACACUGAGCUGGAAAAUGGGAAACUGGGAUAUAUUUCAGGGUGGGGACUUACUGAAAAACGAAAAUUAUCAAAUGAUCUGAGAUAUGCUGAGGUACCAGUUGUUAAUAUGGACAUGUGUAAAAAUGUACCAAUUCGACAAAAGUGGGUGAAGAAAGAAAACUUUGUGUUUACACCAAAUAUGUUUUGUGCUGGAGCAUAUGGUUUAGACAAUUGCCAUGGAGAUGGAGGAGGAGCAUUUGCAAUUCUGAAUGACCAAGAUCGUUUUUUUGUUGAAGGCAUUGUAUCUUGGGGUUUCAAAUGUGGCACAUAUAGUGUCUACACAAAAGUGGUGAACUAUUUAGAAUGGAUCACUAAAACUAUGUCUGAGAAUUAGGGCUGAAGUAAACAACAGCAACAACAGUAAAAAAUUAAGCAAGCACUAGACUACUCUGGGUAUCAGUGGAUUUAAGUUAUCAUUAACACAAGUGUGUGCUUAACCAGAAAUGAAACCAAGCAUAAUAAUAAAUGAGAAACUAAUUAUA